CAAGCUGAGACCGAUCUACAACCACCCGGCAGGUCCAAAGACGGUUUUCUUCUGGGCCCCGAUGUUUAAAUGGGGCCUGGUCAUGGCUGGUUUGGCUGAUAUGACUCGACCAGCAGAAAAACUCAGUACCUCCCAGUCUGCAGUGCUGACGGCCACGGGGCUCAUCUGGUCCAGAUAUUCACUGGUUAUUAUCCCGAAGAACUGGAACCUUUUCGCUGUGAACUUCUUCCUCGGCAGCGCGGGAGCGUCCCAGCUUUACAGGAUCUGGAGUUACGAUCAGGAGCAGAAGGCCAAGGCUAAAGAGGCAGCCGAGUCCUGAGGAGACUGUCGCCGCGGUGCUGCUGACACAAGGGGAGACUCUUCCAUCAUCAUCCUGUACUGUUUCCAUAAAACCCAUGCCAUAACCAGAUUUUAACACAUUAAACCUGCUCACCCUGAAGGAAAUAUGCACUUCCCCCUCUCCCAAGUUUCACAUUUCCUCAGGGUGUCUAAAAUAAGAACAUUUGAUUUUGUUUUUUAAAUGAGUUUAAGAACCGUGGUCAUCAACGCACAAGUACUGCUUGUUCAUCGAGUUUUCUGAUUGUACAGUGUCUGAUUUAACCCGCCAUGCUUUUAUCAUCCUGUGCACGAGUCGGGGAGUUUUUGCUUCGGAUGUAGCAAUCAUCAGUACCUCGAGCAAAGUUCCCAACCCGCCCGCCUAACAAGGUGGAUGUGUGCUGAAUGUUACCCUGAAUUUACGGACUUCAUAUUUACAUAGAUUUUAAAUCUUAUUGGGAGUCCAGGUGUCUGUACCUCAGCAGUCAUUAAAUCAUUGACUACCACCUAAGGGUUCCUCACUUUCACGUCUUUUUUCUUUUUUUAAAACCAGUCGGGAGAACAAACCCUGUUUUAUAUAUUUCUUUAUUUUGACAGAAAUGUGUUAAAUGAUUUAACAUGUGCAUGCAGCUUUGCGAGUCAACGAGCAAACACUGGUACAGACUGUGACGGCUCUUUAUAAACGUCCUAAAAUCUAUGAUCUCAAAUGUUUUAUUUUUCAACAAUUGACUAUUUAUGCAGCAACACCCUAAUUUUGCAAUAAUUGGUGUAAUUAAUCUGCCGACUGUUCAAAGAUAUUUAAAGGUUAAUUAUUAAUUGUAAUGAGAUUUGUAUCGGUAUGGCUAUGUAUUAAUAAAUCAGACUAACACAGCC